UCAAGUAUGCAUGCAAACAUGUGCGUUGAAAAAAUGUGAGCUCUAGGUUGUCUUGUAAAUUUAUUUAGGUUCUAGCGCUUUCAUCUUAUCCUUCAAGGUUACUAUUCACUGCCUCUUUCUUUAUCAGUGCAGUGUAGGUUUACGACAUUUAGAUAUGAUAAACAAACGUUUCGCUUCCCGCAGCGUUUAACUAAAGACAAGAUUAUCGCAGCCGGGCGUAGUUCGCUUGUGUUGGGUUCGCGACAAAUAUUGCAUUUCUAGGUGAUGCCGAAACCACCCAGCAAGCAAGCGGUCCUUAGCUUGUACCGAAGCUUGGUACGUUACGGACACCGUUUAGAGUUGUCUGAUAAGAAGUAUUAUUUCAAGAGGAUCCGAGAGGAGUUCGAAGCGCGGAAAACGCUAACGGAACCAAAGGAUCUUCAAUUUUAUUUCAACAAAGGAAAAGCGUUCCUCGAAAGGAAACGGCUGAUAUGAAAAGAUGUUGGCCGGACUCGCGGGGACUGCGGGCAGGCUGACACUGGCCGGCGGUCUAGGCGCGCACUGCCCGCGUGCGGUUGCGGCCGCCACGAUCGAAUGCACGAGGGGCGCCCACAGAAUCGAUCGCUCCAAAGUGCCCGUCUUGAAGGAAGAGGACCUUGUCGAGCAGUUCAUCCACGGCAGCGGUCCUGGGGGACAGGCAGUCAACAAACUGUCCAACUGUGUGAUGCUCUGCCACUCUCCUACAGGCAUUGUGGUUCGUUGCCACGAGAGCCGCCUGCUCCACGAGAACCGGAAAUUGGCGAGGAAGAUGCUGCUUGAGAAAUUGGACGAGCACUUCAACGGAGACAUGAGCGUCUCGGCUCAGAAGCUCCGAAUCAAGCAGGACAAGCGGCGAAAGCUUGACCGCAAGAACGAAAAGCUGCGUGAACUCAAGAGACAGUUUUUGGAGAGGCAGAAACAGGGAACAGAUCCUGGCACGGAGCAGGCGUAGUUAUUAUUAUAUUGUUAGAUGUGUGCGUGUGUGACUGGAAACUAGCGAGAACGUUGAAGCAGUUCUGUAAUAAAGUUGUUCGUAUCUAC